GGUGAAGUGGGGGGCCCCUUUAAACUUUCUCUUUAAACUUUUAAAGAAUGUGAAGGCUGGGAAUCGACACUUGGCCACCUCCCGCGGCUGGCUCCGCUUCGCUUUUGAAGCCUCCUCCCCCAGCUCCGGGCUGGAGUUUUCUGGCGCCUUGAUCUCUGGUUCGGGCUGGUCCAAUAGCAGGGUUUGGCCGCCACAAAUCGGCAGGAGCCGGGUAGAUCCAGCGGGACCCAGCCUCCCCUGCCGCCCUGAGAAACUUUCCUGGGGGUGGGGAUACCAGGCGAGUGGUGCCACCCAAGUCAAAAGGGAACGGGGGGGGCGGACCUCCGCUGUUGAUUCCCCGGGCUCCCUAGUGGAGGAGGGAGGGCCCUUGACUUUGCCAGGCGACGGGGCGGGGGUCAUGCUGGAAGCCGCAGGGAGCGAGGAGUAGAGGCGGUGCAGGGCGGGGGUGCUGCAGGCUCCGCAGCUGCCGGGGCCGGAGCUCAGGGACUGGUGCUGCCCGGAGCCCAGCCCCGGGGAGCAUGGAGGAGGCGGGCGGCCGCCUGCGCGCCCUGGAGGCGCAGUACGAGAGCCUGGCGCUGGACACGGCGCUGAGCACCCUGCUGGCCGUGCUGCUCUACGUGGCGGUGAAGGUGAGCGUGGACCGGCUCCGCCGCUGGCGGGCCCGGGUCUCGGUGUUGAUCGUAGGGGCGGGCCCGGUGGGGCUGACGGCUGCGCUGGUCGCUGUCCGCUCGGGCAAGGUGCUGAAGCUGACGCUGCUGGACGAGCGCUCGCGGGCCGCUCUGCUCUGCAGACCCCAGCAGAUCGCCCUGCAGCCGCGCAGCGUCGGGUUCCUGCUGGCGCUGGGGGUGGAUUUCGAUAACCUGGAAGGCUGCUGGGACAACGAGCACUUCUUCACCCGCAUCGGCGUCUUCCAGGAGCACCUGCUCAGCAUCCUGGAGCAGCACAAGCACAGGCAGGAGAUCCGCAUCCUGCUGGGCACCAAGUUCUCAGAUGACUUUAUAAGGAAGAAUAUAGCCGUAGAGUGGCCAAAAAUAAUUGUGAUAGCAGAUGGAUCUUGUGGAGAAUCAAGCUCAGUCCUCGGAAUCAGUUCAGAUUACAUUGUGGAAUCCUGUAAUGCUUAUGGAGCAAAUGCUGCUAUUGAGAGGCCUGAUCAGAGACAGGUGCCAACUCCAGAGAUCCGUGCUCAUAGUCUAUAUUUUGAUCUCUCUGCUUAUGGAAUGGAUAUAUCUUCCGCGGGUAAGGAAUCUCUGAAGCCUGGAUUUCAUCUGAAAAUCUAUGGGACAUUCCGUAAUCGAUACAUGGCUUUGGCAUGCCCAGCUUCUGAUUCCAAAGUUGUAAGAUUUCUUCGGCAUACGCUCAAUUCAUCAAUAAUGAAGAACAUAUUCCACCAAUCCUUCAAUGCCUACAAGAUGGAUAUUGAACCCAGGGUCAAUGAAUUGACUCUACAUCACGUCCAAUGUAGUAGAAGACUCUUUGAGAUCAUGCUGUCUCACAGGAGGGUUACAGCAGCCUUCAUUGAAGGGGACAAUGUAGUGGUCACUGUGGAAGGAGAAGCAGCCAGAGUGCUGAAUUUUGACACUGGCUGUGGAGUUAAUCUUGGACUGAGAGGCUUGGAAUCAUUGGAAGAAUUCAUUUAUAGGGUUGCUACAGCUGUGGAUCAGAAUGAUCUCUUUGAAGCACUGUCUGCCAAAAUUCGACACUCAAAGCAAGUGUCAGAAGAUUUUAAGCAGAAUGGAUUAUCUACCACAGUUUUUGAAUAAACAGUUGGAGUGAACAUACUGCAGCACUGUGGUGGUCUGUUCCGAUUUAUACGACAAACAACAUGGGGGGGUAACUCUGCCUAAUUCUGACUGUAAAAAAAUCCAGGAACUCAAAAUCUACACAGUUAUCUAAAACUUAAACAGGCCUGCUCAACUUUUUCAGGAUCUGAAGUCACUUUUUCCCCCAUUGGAGAACUGAUGUUCCUUUUGCUGAUUCUAUUAAGGGGUGGGGAACCUUUUUGGGGUUAGAGGCUGCUGACCCACAAAAAAAUCAGUCAAGGGCCCACAAAAGUGAGAAGCUAAAAGAAAAAAAAAACCCUCACUGAUGUGGCCCUCAACUGAGAAGGAGAAAGAUGCUCCUCACUUUCCCCUCAUAUACUAAGGCCUAGAAAGACUCAGGCUAGUAGAUUUUGUGGGCCUCCCCAUGUUCUGAGGUGGGGCCAAAAAUGAGGGGUUCAGUGUGUAGACUUGGAUUGUUGGGAAGCAGGCCUUGGGAUGUGGGAUCUGAAUGGGAGUGGGAGCACUGACUAGACUGGGAGGGGAGCCCUGAGCUUCGGGAGUCAGAUUCAGGCAAGCUGGGGCUGCAUCCGGCCCCUGGGCCUUAGGUUCCUCACCCCUGGGUCCUUGCUCCAUGAAGUAGUCUGAGUGAUUCCAAUGGGCAUGCCAAUGUGAAACUGGGCUGCAGGAUCAAGUCCUUAAUAGGAGGAAAAAUUAAGUGGCCUCAUCUUUGUCCUCUGAGGUCAUGGUCCAACUAGAACCUAUUGGUAAAAUUAUUUUAUUGGCAAACUUGCCACUGGUUCCAGUGGUGCAAGCCUCAGUUCUGCAAUGUCAUGCACAUGGGCAGAUCCUUGGGCCCAUAUGGUGCCCCACUGAAGCCACACCUUCCUCUCAGAUACCCGUUUGAAGCCUCAUGUAUCUAUUUCCUACUCGGGGGAGUGGGGAGAGGGGAGAUGAGAUGAGAGUGAGGCUGUUAGACUGGGAAAUAAAUCCUGAGUGAAGUAGCACAAGGCUUGGCUGCUCUUCUGAUAGAUGAUGUGUCCCCCACUUGUGAGAAUUUGCAGUUUAAGCGUGGGGUUAAAUUCCCAGCUGCUCUAAGAGAAUAAGCAGGUGUAAUGGUCAAAACAUCACUAUAAAGAUCAUAACUGAUUCCUUCGGGUGUAAAUUUUGUUGUCAUGGUUCCAACUAGA